AUGUCAGCUCCUUCUAUCCCCAACUUGCUCUCUCUCCGGGGCAGAGGCGGCCGAGGCCGAAGCCGUGGCCGGGGACAAGGACUCGGAGGCGGCAGCGGCUCGGAAUCUCGUGGCAAGGCUCAUGAUGCGACAAUCCAGGGCACCGACACCGACGCGGCCGUGUCGAGGCUGAGUGCCGUCGACAUGGGCUAUCUCAGCGAUCCGUACGCGCGGUAUUUCGUGUCCAGCCUGGGCGGUCCGCCAGCGAGACGAUUUCCCAUAAUCAACCGAGGAACAUACACACGUACGGCGGCUAUAGAUCAUCUAGUCCAUUCGUUCCUCUCCGAGGCUACUGGAGGAGCACAAGGGCAAGCGGUGGCCACGAAACAAAUUGUGUCUCUAGGUGCCGGCACCGAUACAAGGCCAUUUCGACUCUUUAGCCAGCAGCAACAGGGGCGCCCGAAUCUCGUCUACCAUGAGAUUGAUUUCUCAGUAACCAGCGCCAAGAAGCUCAAGACAGUUGAAGGAGUACCAUCACUGGCAAGUAUCUUGUCCGAUCGCUCAACACGAGAGACCAGGGACAGUGAUUGGUCAAGCAAGCCGCCAAAUGGAGAGUACUAUUGCCACGGGCUCGAUAUUCGGCAGCUAUCACACGCCUCUACGACAACGCUGCCAGGGCUUCGCACUGAUGUUCCCACUCUCAUCUUGUCAGAGUGUUGCCUCUGCUACCUCUCUCGGGAAGAGUCAGAUGGAGUGCUUGAGUACUUUACUUCCCGAAUACCCAACGCAGCAGUCGUGAUCUACGAGCCAGUCCAUUUAGGGGAUCCUUUUAGCGAUACCAUGGUGUCGAAUUUGGCAGCAAGGAACAUUCACAUGCCCAACCUUGAGCGGCGCAGGAACGAAGCAGACGAAGCAGCUCGGCUUAAGAGAAUAGGAUUUGAGACUGCCCGUCAAUUGACAAUUGAUCGGAUAUGGAGUAAGUGGGUAAACGCCGAGGAGAAAGAGAGAGUUGACAGACUCGAAGGGCUCGACGAAGUCGAAGAGUGGCAGCUGCUUGCGGGACACUACAUGAUCAUUUGGAGUUUCAGGGGGGAAGGGUUUGAGGGGUGGAGGGCCAUAGAAUGA